AUGGAAACAGGUGACAUCCACGUUGCAUUCUUCGUCUUGAUUGCGGCUGUGGCAGGGCUCGUCUGCGAGGCCGGUGCCGCGACCAUCAGCGUCCCGGGUGAUUUCUCGACGAUCCAGGACGCCAUCAACGCGGCGAACGACGGCGACGAGAUCGUUAUCGGUCCCGGGACCUACACGGGUGAUCUGCAGGUGCCCGCGAAGUCGAUCACGCUUCGGAGCUCGGAUCCGAAUGAUCCGGGCAUCGUGGCCUCGACCGUGAUCGAAUCGAAUCUCGCGGUGGCCAUCCGGGUCCUGAGCACGGGGAUGGCGCCUGUUGUGAUCGAAGGCCUGACCAUAACAGGAGGCGACGCCGCCACCGGUGGCGGCAUCAAUGUGAGUUCGAGCACGGUGUUCGUGCGUCGGUGCGUGCUGACUGAGAACAACGCGAUCGACGGCGGCGCGAUCGGCGUGCUGUUGAACAGCAGCGUGGUCUGUGAAGCAUGCAUCAUUCAAGACAACACCGCAUCGGAAGAUGGCGGCGCGCUGUCCUGCGAUGGGGGCUCAAAGGUCGUCUUCGUGGAUUGCACGGUGACUUGCAAUUUCGCCGGUGAUGACGGCGGCGCGAUCCAAAGCUCCGGCGAAGUGGAAUUCAGAGAGACGAUGAUCAUGGAGAACUCGGCCGGCGGAGACGGGGGCGGCAUUUUCAAUAACGGCGACCUCCUCCUGCUCAACGUUGUCCUGGCGAAGAACACCGCCGACGGCUUCGGUGGCGGCAUGUUCAGCUUCUCUCCCGGGCCGCCUCCCAAUACGGACGAUGUGCGAAUCGUCAAUUCGACAAUCGCCGGAAAUUCCGCGCUCUUUGACGCCGGGGGAGCCGGAGUGGAUGCGAGUUUUAUGCCGCUCAUCUCGAACACCUUGUCGUGGGGCAACUCGCCGAACGGGCUGAUCGUCGGUUUUUCCGGGGCCGACGUGUCGCAUUGCCUCGUCCAGCCGGAUGGGCCGUUCGGGCCCGGGAAUUUCAGCCUGGACCCGCUCUUCGUCGAUCCGGCGGCGUGCGAUUUUCGACUGCAGCCGGAUUCGCCCGCGAUCGACGCGGGCCUGAACUCGCUGAUCAACAGCAUCGAUACGGUGCUCACAGAUAUCGACGGCAAUCCUCGGUUUGUCGAUGGCGAUCCCAUGCGCGGCGAGGACGCGAUCGUCGAUAUCGGGGCGUACGAGUUUCAGAAUGCGAUCGUCUGCGCGGGUGAUUGCGACGCGAACGGAACGGUCGAUUUCAACGACCUCGUCGCGAUGCUCUUCGAGUUCGGUGUGAGCGAUGACGGCCGAUGCGAUGCCGAUGGCUCAGGGGCGGUUGACUUCAACGAUCUCGUCGCGGCGCUCUUUGCGUUCGGUCCGUGCCCCUGA